AUGAAAGCCCUGAUAGCUGUCGAAGCCUCACGUCGCGCGAUAUAUGCUCCCAAGAUCUGUGAUCUCACGCUUCUGCCUGGAUUAAAACAUACUAAUCUCAACCUUGAUUUUCGACUGCUGCGCAUCUUACGCGUUGAUGGGUUUCCUGAGUUUCAACAUGACGAGGAUCUUAGUCAGUACCUGCAGCCAGCUUUGGAAGAAGUUUACCUUAAACAUUGGCCGUCUGCUACGUCCUUUGAUGGGCUCAACAAGUACUGCCCACGACUUCAGGUGCUGGAUCAGGAUGUGAGUGUGCGGAACGACAACCAACGAUGUGGUCUGGUAGAAUUCUUGAAUACGAAUAGGACAUUAAGACGCGUACGGCUAAUGAUCAGUCCUUCUGAUCUGCACCAAAUGCUCGCAGUGUUAACAGCUCUUAGAAGAGUUAUCACUCUUGAAGACCUCGAAAUCAUGGGCGAGAUAUCUACGGUCACACUGGAACAGCUUCGAGAUUCCCAACAUGAUGAGUCCAUCUCUUCACGUCCGGAUGAACACUUUGGAUCAGUGCGCAGGAUCAAAGUCAUUGUCAGAGUUUCAGCUUUGCCGUUAUUGCCCACAAUAUUCAGCGCGAUGACCGAUCUUUCGCUCAACCUUAGAGUUGAUUCCAAUGACGGUCAUGCUCAUGACCUUGAUGCGCUAGUCGGUCUUCCGCUAGAAAGCCUUCGACUCCACGUUGGUGCUGGCGCCAGAGUACCCUCAGAAGAACUUCUGUGCUUACGCGAUACACAAAGUCUGAAAAGUCUCAUCAUCAACACGUCGACCUUCCCAUCACCGAUGCCCAAGUUCAAAGUCACAAACUAUCAAUUCAAGCAGAUCUUCGCGAACCUGUCGAGAUUGGAGACUCUACUCUGCAUGUUUCCUCUGGACAUUCCCGACCCAGACACCGCUUUGAAGGAUCUCGGCCAGUCGUGUCCAAAGCUCGAGACUAUUCGCUUGUACUGUCCCAUUGAUAUUAUAGCAUGGAUGGAUAUACCCGAGCCGGUCUUCCCGAGUCUCAAGUUCUGCUGGUUCUCCAAAGUCAGCGAUCGAAAUCUUCUGGGCGAACAAAAUGAGACAACUGCCCAGCUUCUAGCAGAGGUUCUUGAUCGACAUGCGCCGAAUAUGGACAGAUUUGUGGCACUUGAUCGUUACACUUUCCAUCCCAAUGCUGGUGAUCAGCUGUCGAAAAUGACGAUGAGGGCCCAUGGACGAAUCAAGGAGACUGGACAAACACGUCACGCCAAAGAACAGACUCGAAACAUGUUCAUGCAAUGA